AUGGCCUAUUUGCGUCAGCCGAUCGACAUCGAGAUGAAUGAACUGUUGGUCCGCAAAUGGCAGCACGCUUUCACUACAUUUUUUGGUUUGUUCAAUAUUUUCAAUGAUUUUUAAAAGAAUAUUGAUUCAGAUCUCGAUCAGAAUGGGAUCAUUGAGUGGAACGACUUCAAAGGUCUCAUUGAGGUGAAUUUUGAAGAGUUCUGAAAAAAUAAUAAAGCAAAAAUAAAUCUGAAAAAAUAGGCUCUUCGCCAGCAGAUUAAUCGGAAUUUUGAGAAAAGUCGGAAAAUUGGAAAUAUUUUGUUGUUGAUAGUCUCUUUCUACUAAUAAUUGAGGACUUUCCUGUUUGAAUAUGAAAUUUUGGAUAAGACUUCAAAAAAAUUUGAAAAGCACUUAGAUUCGAUUUUAUACUUUUUGAAAUACAGCUAUAACUAUGAAUUAGCCAUGGAGCGCAAUUGAACCUGCAUUAAAGCCUUGCGGAAUAAAAAAACAACAUUUUCAAAAAAAUAUUUUCAGUGUCGAGAUUUUUUAUGCCAGAUUUAUGAAAAAAAUAAAAAAAUGUAGGAGAAAAAAAUUGGAAAAUCAGAAAAAAAAUUUUUUUUCAAAGAGAUAUUUUACCACGAAAUUGUGAUUUCCAGGUAAUCGGAGAAGUCCGAGGACGGAAAAGCGACGUUUACCUGACGGCUCGAUUAUGUCUACCUGACAUUUGGGAGAAGCUGACCGAAGCCGUCGGCAAGGAGGAAGACGAGACGGUAGACGAGGAUACACAGAUUCUGAAGACGUCGGCCGGAUUCAGAUAUCAAUGGCCGACUGGCUGAAGAUGUGCGAGGCGUCCAGAACGUCGGCCAAGGAGCCCGCCUGGCAGAAGGCCUACGUCGACUACAUGUUCAAGCUGCUCGACGAGUCAGGUAGCGCAGUGGCUAGCGGUUUUGGAUGGUGCUCGGAGGGUCGGGGUUCGGAUCCUCGAGGGGGAAUUUUUUUGUAACGAUUUCACAUAUUCUUUUUCUGAAAGAAUUCAAGCAGAGCUGUAAAAAAAUAACUUCAAACUUUGAGAAUAACUUUUUCAAGAUUUGAAACUUUCUCAGAAGCUUUUUAUUGAAAUUUCAGAAAUUAUUGCCACUUUGUAGGGAAAAAUCAUGAAUACUAUUUUAUUUUUAAUUGAAAAUUAUAAAUUCUUCUGAAAAAAAUCUUUAAAAAAACGACAUUUUUUUAAUGCAAUUUUAUUCUUUUUGUAGAACGGAAUCAUGGUUUUUUUCGACUAUUUAUUGAAAAAAAUUGGGACCUAUAAGGAGAAAAAAAGAGUUUAUUCACGUAUUAAAUUGAAAAUUCAGCAGCUUUUUUUCAAAAAUUUCAAAGUUUGGAAGUUUUUUUCUAUUUCAUACCUGCUUUUUUUCUAAAAAUAUAUUCCUUCUGAGAUUUUUAAUAUUUUUUUCACAUUUUACCCGAAAUAUCUUUUUAAAGUUCCUUGUAGUUUUUUUGUUCCUUUCUUUUAAAUUUCUUAAUUUCCCCUUUUUUUAUGAUUUCUGCAAAUAAUAUUGGUGAUUAAGUCAUAUCACUGUACCUUACGAAUAAUAAAAGGCAGGAUAAAUUGAGUCGUGGUUCAAAAAAGUGUAGAAUUCGAUUUGCAGGAGACAAACUGGUGGACCAAGCCGAAUAUGUCCAAGUUCUCGGAUAUUUCGGCGUGCCGCGAAAUGAUUCGAUACAUUGUUUCGACCAGUUUGCCUUUGUAGGCCAAAAAAAUGAACUUGAAAUAUAAUUAUAUCAAUUUUUUAGAACGCCCGAGGGCAAUUGGUCAACAGCAUCGACUACAAACGAUUCGUGACCCUUUGGAAGGAAUUUUUCACUUCUGGCGACCGUCGAUCCCCCGGAAACUUCCUACUCGGCAAAUUCUGA